AUGGCCGAACAAAUGAAUAAUGACAAUGCAAAUGCACCAGCUCUAUCAGAAGAGACAAUUCAGACAGCAGUCUUAGUCGUUGAAAUAGUAAAUGAAGGAGAAAAUGAUCAAAAUACUAUAGUUAUGGCACGGAAUGAUGCGAUUGCUGUUCCUCCACCGACUCCUAUUCAAGAACCUGACAUAAUUAUUCAAACAGGCAACAGUCAACAAUUACAAGAGGUCUGUGGUCCACCUGUAGAAUACAGUUCUGUAUUUGACAAUCAGCCGGUAGAAUCGGAGAGCCACUGCGACGAGCCGGCUGUCAUAAAUCUAUUUGCACCUCGUGACGAGUUUUUCAAUAUGCCUAGCUAUGAAAUGGAACUGUCGUCGCAAAUUGAAGAUGCCACGGAUUAUGACUGUGCUACACAUGGUUUUAAUUCAUUUAGUCAACAGGAAUCAUAUUCUGUCUCUAUUGAAAAUUAUGAUGAAACCAAUGACCAUAGCCUUUCUUUAUUACAAUCGCCUGUGAUUCUAUCGGCUGCUUCAAAUGAUAAUACAGAUGAAAUACAACGAACUCAAGUGAUUCAAUCAACUGAUAAUUCGCAUGAUCGUGAAUAUACGAAUUUACGACUGCAAUUUUCGACUGCUCAACUUUCAACGAUCGAUGAAGAACGGUUACCAGGCCAUGGUUUACACACAGAAGCCGCUCAAAGCUAUUCAAGAACUGGUUCUUCUUGUUCUGAUCCUCCUAGUGAAGCAGCUGAUACUCGUACUCAAAUGCAAACAGCUACUAUCUCACCAUCACUUCGUAGACGAUCAUGUUCAUUCGAACAAACUUGUAUCAGUGAUUUUGACGUUGUUUCUAAUAAAAUGAUUCGAAAGCGGCGACUUUCGAUGCAGUAA